CAAUUAUAACUAACAUGAUAAACAUGAAGAACAAGAAGGAGAAGCUGGGUUCUUGUGGUUGUCACAUCCCUGUACCGUGACCAUCCACUGAAAGUUAUUUCUUAAUAUUCGCGUCCGACAAGGUGUGUCGCUGUUUUCCUUUUCUAUAGCUCUGCUGCCUGAAGGAUUGUCGUUGGAGAACUUGAAACCCUAGUCGUCAGCUUCACGAGACGCCCUUCUGAUAUUUUGUUUUUUGAUUUCGAACGAAACAAGGAACAUGACGACCUUUUCAAAUGCAACUAGAGAUGCUGCCGGUCCAGGAGGACGAGGCGACGAUCAUCAGCCGCCCGCCUCUCUUCAUGUUAGGCACGCCUCGUCACAACCUCGCGAUGUGGUUCCUGGUCAACAGCAGCAGCUACCAGAUGAAGAUCUUGUUCACAUACAUGAUCCGCAUCAUCGCCUGAACAACCACAGCUCCCUCGUCUACACCGCGGCACCCUCGUUCGAGCGUGGUCAACCUCAUCCCGAGUUUCGCGGUCCUUCUAUUAAUGCAGUCGAUGUAGGCAGGCCCCGAGGACCACCUGGUUCCCUCGCCUGUGGUCCUCCACCCCACCAGUUUCAGAAUGACGAGGACGAGCAGCGUUGCUACGAUGAUGAUACGGGGCGCCGGAUUUACUUGUCCACGCAAGAAAGCGUGCUCCUACAACGGCACCACCAAUCACCAGAAGCUGGUAGGGAGAGACGAACAUCAACAUUACCGGGUGCCUACGGUAGCCAUUUGCAUUUCGGUCAGCAGCUGCAAACCGGACAGCGGCCGCACAUCGAAAUACCUUCAAGAAGCCGAACAUUAACAGACCACCUGUAUUCCGGCCGAGGAGGUGGCGAAAUCCAAGAAGAGCAUUACGGGACGAGCUGCAGUGCUGGUCUCGCGCUGGGGUACGCCAGUUCGAGAAACCACUUAGUUCCCCCCUGCAGAACUGCCCACGUCGGGAUGGAUUGCGCGUCUGCGCGGCACCGUGACAAUACCGAUUUUGUGAGCGCAGGGCAUGAAGACUGCAGCCGGUUGCUGCGUGGCCAGCAGGAGGAACACCGUCUGCUACUCAGUAGUAAUCCAACACCGAACACACAGACAGCAACCCGAUCGUCUCAUGAUCUUGUUCGUUCGCGCAACCAGGUGGCGCCAGAUCAUGAGCAGCAUUAUCGCUACCUGCGAAGACGGGAUGGCCGGAGAGCUGAGUUAGAGCUUGCGAGGGAGCAAUUAUUUCAUCCGACGCAGCUGCUUAUUCCAUCAGUGUCCGGGACCAGGUCGUCAAGAGUAAGAGCCAUCGACGACGAUCAUGUUCAUGUAUUAAAAAGCCCUCCCCAGCAGCAGCACUGCCGUCACUCUACUGACUAUCGUUGCGGGCGUAGGAGCUUCUCACCCACGUUCAGCGCUGCACACGGACUCGGCCUUGGUGCUCGUGAUUGCAGUAAUUUCCCCAGUCGUUUAGUACGCCCGGGCCCGCCACAAAUAACGGCAUCAUCUACUUCCCGUCCGCACCGCUACAAUUAUCAGUCAUCGCACGGAGCUUCGAGCACGUCCGCACUCGCAAGCGGGCCCAGACAAGAUCAGGCGUUGCCUCGUGAAUCACAUAGCACACCAUACCAGGCAUCAAACGCAUCGAAUAGCACGCCAUACCAGUCCUCCUCACUGUUAUCACGGCGUCAAAAUCCAAGGCCUGCUCCUCUUGUCGGCCACAAUAUUGAAAGAGUACUUGUUGAUGAAAUUGGUGAAGAUGAGAGAUACCUCAUGUUGCCUCGUCGGCUCGGACACGAAGUUCUGGAAGGCAACGUGUCUCGUUCGUUGUACGCAGAAAAAGCAGAAGUGGUGCAGCCGCAGGUGCAGUCUCGGUGGGAGGAUCUCCAGGAAGCGGCGUCCGCGAGAUGGCAUAUCAACGGUAACGGACAGCCUUUUCAGUACGGCACUCACGGUCGCCGCUCGCACUCUUUGCAGCCGGACCAGCUUGCAGCUCAAGUCCCUCCUGCACCAGCUGAGCGUAACCAUGGGCGACGUAAUCUUGUUGCUGAGGAGGGCCCACGCUUCGUGCAUGUUGACGAUUUUCAUGAAGGUGACCGCUUCCAUGUUUUUCUUCAACAAGAAGAUAAGCAAAUUUCUGCGCCCGACCAGGUUGUACCAGUAGGAAGGAAUAGCAGUGCCCUGCCUGUUUUCGCCGGGACCCGGGGUGGAUGUCGCGGAGCAGUAUGGGAACCUCCACAGCAACCUCCUCCGUUCGUACAUAAUAAUCUCGCCCACAGCGGUACUGCUAUUGCCCAGCCCAGUUUAACAUCGCGGCACCAACCAUUCGGAUACGAACCGCAGGCGGUGCCGGGCGCAGUCGACAAUCGUAAGAACGAGACUACCGGAGAAAAUGCGCAAAGGCAACGACAAAGCGAACGAGUAGGCAGUGUUGAAUUCGCUCACGCUCGUGUUGAAGAAGAUGAAGAUGCGGAGUGCCCAGACGAGUGUAGGUUCAUACACAUCAAGCAGCGCGAAGCCACCGAUGGAAUCGAUUCGGGAGUGAUUGUGUCCGUAGGAAGGAGAAAGACAGACAAGUUCCUCCUUCAUCCACGGUUCAUGAACUUUUUGGAGGAAAAAAGUUUUGCGCCAUACAAUAUUCUCCCUAACCCACCGACUCGUCAAGGAUUCAGGCGAUUGCUCCGCAAUGAGGCAGCAGAAUUCGAAGAAAAGGAGAACGAGAACCGAGGAUGUGAGAAACACAAUAAAAGGCUUCUUGAUAAUCUGAAUCUCGAGAAGCCCGACCACGACUCCACGGAAACGAUCAAUAACAGCAACAGGAAAGAGCAGGGAGCGAGGGCGGUUCCAGAAGCUGGUGAAGCUGAAAUGAACAAGGAAUCGAACGACCCUAAUAACUUGCGAGGAAACAUCAACUCCAUUGGCAUUGACCAGCUGCCGCAGCCACUGGAGGGGCAGCAGAAGGAACAGUUCCAACGGCGGGAGGGAGCAGAACUACAAGAACAGCAAGUAGAACUAGAAGAACAGCAAGUAGAAUUGAGAACAAGGAAGGACCAGGACCUGCAAUAUGAAGUGGGAGCGAAGAUGGAGUUCGCUAUGACGAAGAAGCUUGCUGCAAAAACCGAGGGGAACGCCUUCCUUCUGAAGUAUCACUAUUUCGAUUGGAACCCCGUCUACGCGACCAUGACUAUGGACUCCUUCGAUGAGACCGUUCUCGCCUGGUUGUUGCAGUGGCGAGCGUCCAUUGAGGGUGGACAAGACUCGGGUGAGGAGACCGUCGGUACGGCGAAGCUAAUUCUGAGCGAAGUGGAAAAGUCCCUAGCCGCGCUGCAUGCACUCGACGUAGUUCAUGGUGAUGCUUACGUCAGAAAUUUCGGUAUAGUUUUGCUGCCGUUGCUUCGUGUCGUCGUGUACGACUUUGGGUGUUCUGAGCAUCAGCGCCGAGCCAAAAAAGUUGGAAACGCUCUUCAAAGCAGUCGCUUAAGUUUAGGAAUGAUCGACGAGAUUGAAAGGCGGAGACACGACGACAAGAACUCAUCUGAAGACGCCGCUGGUGCUCCCUCGACGGAUUUAUUCCGCAUCUGGAAAGAUGCAGAUUUGGCAGUUGCGCGUCAAGACUUCGAGAACUACUUCAGUCUUGCACUUGCUGCUGCUCAAUCUCGGACUGUGGCAAACAAGAGCGACACGCAUCCGUCGUUACCGCCUUCCAUCCCUCCACUAGCCGAUGCUGGGGGCGGGAAUGGCAAGAAUGGUGAGGCCGCCGCUGCUGGUAGCAGAAGCAGUGACCCGUCGCCACACGACCCAGACCUUCAGAAGGGCCCUUGUCCAGCAGGACGCGAGCAAGCACAAAGAGUCAGGGAGGAUCAAACUCGGGGUGUGCGGGCUGCCCUGCUAGGUGCUGGCGCAAGCAGCAAUGGGGCGACGGCACACUCGCACAGUUCGCCAGUUCGCGUGACAACUCCUCGAAAUUUGAAGACCACCCUAAGUGAGCGCACCAAAAGCCGAUCGCCGCGACGACGAAGCAAGCGGGAAUCCCACCACGAAGACGAAGCUGUGCCUCUUUCUCCAAAGCGAUCACGGAACGAGAAUCACUGCUCUGGCCCCAUAAUUGUUCAGGGUCAAAAACCUUUGGCGGCCCCUUCUUCACCAGAAGAACUUCAACAACGUUACGACGAUGAUGAUGAGGAGAAGGCCGGUCCAGGCACGAGGAGGAACUACGAGCGCGGCAUUGCCAAGGCAAGAGCAAAAGCAGCAGCUGAGAAACAGAGACGCGAACGGAACCUCCUGCGCGGUAAGCAGAAAAGCAACAAGGACGAAGGGAGAAAAACGUCGUCGCAGCAACACCAACACGCUGGACCACCUGCCGCGGAUGUUGCGAGCACCAAUGCAUGACGUCAUUAGUUAUGUUGCAGAUGCAGAACCAUUAGCGUGCCAUAGAGCAAUCAGGGCCAGCGUCACAACCUCGGAGCUUCUACGUGAUGCGUCUGCAGCCAGAAGGUGUAAGCGCGUUCUUAAACUACUGUUAGUUAUUGUUAGUCUUAUGACUAAGUCGUGCCACUGGCACUGCCACUCGAAGUGGUAUGAAAAUGAACGGCUAGAAGUGGGGCUGCAGUGCACUCGCUCUUCUACACGAGAAGUAUGAACAAGAUGAAGAUGAGGGAUAUUAGCACGGUCGAGCACAGCUAUUUGGGUUUAGAAGCGAAAGCUGAAGUUAGAAACGAAUCGACGCGCGGUUUACUUUUAUAAAGAUAACAAAAAGUCUAAGUCUUGACUAAGACUCCCAUUGGAUUUGGAAAUGAACAUCUACCUAUGCAAGGAUACCUACAUCAGCUUGCACUAGAUUCGUUGGCAAAAAAAAAAGACUAACACUAAGAUUGUACUUAUUUGCUUUGAGUAAGCUGUCUCUCUCUCCAGCUCCACCCGCACCGUAAGCCCUGCCGAGAAUAAGAACGAGAAGGACAAUCUUAAAUGAGUGAAUUAUGACUGAGGCGAGAAAACAGGAACAAUUGAUGAUGACAAGGCGGGUACGGAAAAGGAUAUGGGUGUCAAACUCACACGAUGCUGAUAGACAGAUGCAUUGUGCGAUCACUCGGACUCGGCAUUGGCAUUGGAAGCAUCAAUGUUGCUGACUCAGACACGAAGGAUGCUUCGAGAUCUCGUGCGUUGGCUUCAGGAUUUGAACUCUUCGAACGAAAGUAUAUAACGACCUCGUUGGAGAAUAGGAAU